AUGCGUGUGGCGGUAAUCGGUUGUCUACACGGCGACCAGCACCGGAUGUUCACUGAACAGUCCAACGUCGACCUGAUCCUUUGCUGCGGCGACUUCCAAGCCCUUCGCAAUUCUCACGACCUCUCCGCUACGUGCAGCCCGGAACGGCACCGCAAACUCGGCACUUUUCACGAGUAUUACAAAGACGACCGUAAGGUGCCCCUCACGAUCGUGAUCGGUGGUAACCACGAGUCAUCAGCGUACAUGGCCGAGCUGUUCUAUGGCGGCUGGCUCGCGCCCAACAUCUACUACCUCGGCGCCGGCGGCAGUGUCAUCGUAAACGGGCUGCGCAUUGCCGGGGCGAGCGGCAUCUACUCUCGCCCCGACCUGUUCAACAAGGGCCACUACGAGCGUGUACCCCUUUCCGAGUCCGAUGCCAGAUCAAUCUAUCACCUCAGGUCAUAUACCGAGGAGCGCCUCAGCUUGCUCCCGCCCGUCGACAUCUUCCUUUCGCACGACUGGCCUGUCGACAUCACAGAGUUUGGAGACCAGGCCGACCUUCUCCGCAUCAUGCCCCGCUUCACGCGUGAUGUAACUGCAGGCUGUUUUGGCGCUCCCGCUCUCUCCCGGGUCAUGGUGGCAACGGCACCGCGGUACUGGUUCGCUGCGCACAUGCACGUCAAGUUCCCCGCGGUGCGACAGUAUUUACCCACCAAACGCAAGCCCGAUCACGACUACGACCCCGCCCCGCAGCACUGGCUAAGGGAUCAUGCCCUGUCUCCUUCUCGCACGGUUGAGGUGCCGGAGCACAGUGGAUGUGCGACACGUUUCCUCGCGCUCUCAAAGCCGCAUCCGAAGAAGCACGAUUGGUUUGAGGUCCUCGACAUCCCCUUCCCCGACGAGACGACACCACUCAAGCUCAGCUUUGACCCCGAGUGGCUCGCGAUCUGCAAGGCGACACAUCCCCUGCCGCAGGGUCAGCAUGCUCCGCCUCUGCCAAAGGACAUCCGAGUCAAGAUCACUGCCGCGCGAGUCGGUCUCGACGAGAAAGCGAGUGGCCCAGUGUCGAACGUCCAGACGUUCGCGAAGACAGCCCCUGGCGAGGGAGAAGGCACACCUGAGCCGCAUUACGCGAACCCGCAGACGACUGCGUUCUGUGCCAUGCUUGGCAUCGAGGAUGUGACGAACCCGAAGGCUGUGGCCAAGGGUGUCGGCAAGGGCAGGGGCAAAGUGCGGAAGAACGGCAGGUAA